AUGUUUUUAUUAAUCCUCGGCUCGUUAUUUGUAAUUUGGCUAAUUCAACAAUUCUAUUGGAAACGAAAGGAUCUGCCGCCAGGGCCAACACCGCUUCCCCUAAUUGGCAACGUGCUUUCUUUAGUUCGUGACCCUCCAGGUUACACAGUUCUCGAGAAAUGGAGGCAACAAUAUGGACCCGUUUUUACCUAUUGGUUUGGACCCUACCCAAUGAUUAUGGUGGCUGAUUAUCAGCUGAUGAAGGACACAUUCGUAAAGGAUGGUGACAAAUACGCAGGGCGAUUUAAGAACGAUACCCUGUAUAUUUUUAGAGGUGGCGAGUACGGUAUUUUGGACACCUCGGGUGACGUCUGGAGAGAAAUGCGUCGAUUCGCGAUUCACACUUUCCGUGACUUUGGAAUGGGACGGAAUAUUAUGGAGGAGAAGAUCCUCUGCGAAGUUGGCGCCUUCAAUGAUCGUCUACUGGCGCAACAAGGCCAAGAAGUAUCUCCACAAUGGGAAUUUGACCUUGGUGUCGGCUCCGUUGUCAACAAUAUGCUUCUGGGCUACCGUUUUGAUGAGGACAAACACGCCGAAUUCCGAGACCUAAAAGAGGUGCUGACCGACCAUCUCAAGGUUGUCAGUAGCGCGCCAGUGAUUUUGGCCGUGACAGUCAAGCCACUGAGAAAUCUUCCAUUUUUCAAGGGCGCGUUCCAAAAAGCGCUCAUCGUCCGCGACCGUCUCUUCGAAUUCUUCGAUCGCCAAAUUGAGUCGAGAAAAGCGGCAAUUGACUAUGAUUCUGAGAACAAUGCUGAUUUCGUCGAAUGCUUUUUGAAAGAAAUCCACAAAAGGAAAGACGAGAAAGACGGGCAUUAUCAUAUCGAACAGCUGAAGAAUGUGCUCUUCGAUCUGUGGAUCGCAGGAAUGGAAACCACCUCAAACACCUUGACUUGGGGAAUUGCAUAUAUCCUCAACAACCCUGAAGUCCAGAAGAAAAUCAUCGAAGAGUUGGACAAGAAUAUCGAUUCCGAUCGUCUAAUCACACUGGCGGAUAAGCCGAAGCUGAACUACAUCAGUGCUACGAUUAAUGAAAUCCAACGCAUGGCCAACCUGUUACCAAUCAACCUUUUCCACGUUACAACCGAAGACGUUACGGUAGCCGGGUACACCAUCCCGAACAAUACGAUGAUCAACCCGCUUAUUAGUGUGUUGUUGUAUGAUGAGAAGGUGUUCCCGGAGCCCUACAAGUUCAAGCCCGAGCGCUUCUUGGAGGCUGACGGUUCGCUGAAGAAGUUUGAGGAAUUUAUGCCAUUUUCACUCGGGAAACGACAAUGUCCCGGGGAAGGAUUGGCGAAAAUCGAGCUGUUCCUGUUUUUGGCAAAUGUUUUCCAGAAGUUUGAGGUCUCUUCCGUCACUACACCUUCCUUGAAAAAGCACCUCGGAAUAAUCAUGACGUGUGCGGAAUACAAAUGCAAAUUUACCGAGCGCAUUCGCCCU